AUGAAACUGUUUGAUGGAUGGGAUCAUGUGGGCGCAAAGACAUGGGUCGCCAAUCCAGCCCGGUCUACUUCUGGUACGCCUGGGCCUGGCCUCCCCGGUUCCGAUCACUCUCGGGGAUCUUUAUCGAGGCGUCCGUCCAUCAGCAGACUGAACUCUGUCCGCGAACACCAAUCGAUCGAUGACCACAGCCGGAAGCUGAAAGAGCUGCGAUUGGCAGAGCUGACCAGGCAACUCGAGCUCACCGAACUCCAACGCAACCAUCCACAUCCACAGGCGUAUGCCUCCGUCCCUGCACCACCUACCUCCCGGCCGAUGACGCCCAUCAGCUGCAAAUUAUCAGGCGUACCAGGUGGGCCUCCCCUCAGCAAUCAAGAUUUGGUCUGGGAAGAAAAGUUACGAGAAGCCAAUGAAUUGAACGCGAGGAUUGAAAACCUCCGGCUCGCGGGGAUGCCCCCAGACCAGCUUCCCAGCCCAGUCUUGCUGCCCAGUCGGCCACCAUCGAGGGCUCGAACAGACAAGCCACAUCCGAACUGCGUCCCGCCUCGCGACUAUCCGCUCCCACCACUCUCCUCCUUCGCCCCCGAAGCUGUUCUGAGACGCCAGCUGUCCAAAAAGUCUUUAAAUUCCCUAUCUUCUUCUCAUCAUACCCAAUCGCCCGCACCGCCUGUCUCGCAACCGCAUCAAAACCGAGACCGGGCCGCAAGUGCCAGCCAAGCGAGCCACUAUCAAGCGCUCAAAGAAGCGGAAGAUGUAAUUUGCAAACUGCGCAAAUCACACGACGAGCUGUUGGAGAAAGUGAGAAUUUUGGAGAAUCAAUUGGACCUCAAAGAAGCCGAGAAUCAAGACCUGACGACUCGGAAUAACAGAUUAGAGACCUACCUUGCCGAUGAGCAAAAGGCGAAAGAAGGCAUCCAAAGAGAGAACGAGCGAGCGAUGAACCAGUUAAGAUCGCUCUCACGAAGCCAACCUCCCCACCAUUCCCAAAGGGAGGAUCCAUCAGCCCGACUAUACACUCAAGCCGAACCGCCUCAAUCCCUUCACGAGCGGUUUUAUCGUUCCCAAUCCGGGACUGUGCCUCCAGACCAGAACAUGUCGAAAGCGAGGGCCGAACUGCUGCAACGAGAAGAAAACCUGAAGAGACAGUACUCCUACAAAUCCGGAUCUCUGACUCCAGAGCUGGCCCGGCCAGGAUCAGUAUUGGGACACAACCUGCCAGGACACCCCAUGCCUCCUCCGAUGGGCAAUGCAUCGCAACAACACCAUCAUCAUCAUAAUCUAUAUGAAUCAAGCCAGCCUGACGGAUACCACUUUCCGCCUACGUCGGAGCCUCCUCAUUCGCACUUCUAUCCAGAAGAACAUCGCCAAAGACCUCUCGACCCUGGCCAUCCUCAAAUGGCUUAUCCGAGCUACCUCCAUCAGCAAGGCCCACCCCUCUUUCCCCAUCAAUUCCCUCGCCCAAAUCCUCCUCCCAAACCCCUGAACCCGAUCGACGAGCCUCCCUCAGGGUCGAAUGGCUUCCACACUCCUAACCAUUCUAAUCCUGCUUAUAAUAGACUUUACUGA